UUUUUGCGCAUGCGCGGAGAGGUGCUGGGGCGGGUGGGCUCAAGAGUUACAGGGUUUGGACUGAGCUGAGAAAGUGGGGAGGCCUUAAUACUACUAGUAUUAUUAUUAUUAUUGCUGGUGCAACUGAAUUUAAUUAAAAAUAUACUUGAGAAAUAAAAAAAAUACGAUAUGAGAAGGAACGGGUUCAAGAGCGAAGACGGGCCGGGUUUCGCUCAUCAGCGGAACAGCAGUUCAGAGGGGCUGGAUAAAAUUGACAUGUCUCUGGAUGAUAUAAUCAGGCUGAACAAGAAGGAGCAGAGGAACGUCCAGCCGGCCCGGUUCUCCCAGGGCAAGCCCAGGAUGACCUGGAAACUCCAGCAGGGCUGGCGAGCGCCUCCAAUUCCAAGAACGGCGUGGCGCGGGACCCAGCAGCAGCAGCAGAGAGGCCUAGGGAUCAACAGGCUGGGAGUCCGAGGGAAGAAGCUGCUGCCUGCCGUGGGGAAGAGGCGUGCCCAGGGCAUCGGCACGUGGCUGGCUGCCAGAAAACCUGGAGCACUGCAGAAAGGAAUCAGCCCACUAAACAGACCCGGUUUCACUCAGAUGAGACCCCAUCCUGGGUUGCAGAGAAGGAUGCCCCCUUACAGACAGACUGAUGCACAGAGUAGGCAGCUGCCAGCUUUGGCAGGGCCUGUCGAGCUCAGGAGGAAUGUUUUGCCAGCCAGCGUCCCUAGUCCAGCAGCCCCACCACUAGCACCACAUCACCCCCCAGCUCGCCAGACCCAGAAGGAGUUGCGUCAGGCCACCUUCCUGUCCAGGAGAGGGCUCAAGGUUCAGACUCAUUUGCCGACGGUGCCAAGCCAGCCACCAAUGACCCAAAGAACGCGGCAAUGGCGCACAUCCACCACAGAUGGAGGCAUCCUGACUGUAUCCAUAGACAACCCAACUGCCAGAACGGUGCCACCAGACCCCCCCAGGCCGCGGAUCCUGCGCCCCCCAAUGCCUCCUGCCCCCCUGAAGCUGGAAGAUCUGGAGGAGAAGAAAGUCCCCAAAGGAGUGCCUCUGGAGUUUGACAUCAACAGCGUGGGGAAGCAGACGGCCCUGACCCUGAAUGAACGGUUUAAAAUCCUGAAGGAUCAGAGGACGGCUGUCGCUCAGACUAAAGGGAGUCGCUUUGUUACAGUGGGGUAAAGAGGUGCGCCAGCCAGCUUGAAUGAGGAGGCAGCCGUCCAGCCCCCACUGAAGUCAGCACCGAACCUGCAGGGAGCCGUUUCCCCUUCCUAAUUCAGGGACCUGAUACAGCAGAUGUGUUAUUUGUAACCCUUACUUACUUUGUACAAUGUUAAAAAGAGUAUGCCAGCUGGGAUUUCAUAUAGAGGUUAAUAAUGGUGCAAAAAAAAAAAAAAAGACUUUGAGAGAGGUGGAGACUCGCAGUGCCAGCAGAUCAGUCUUCUGUGUUUCAUCUUGGUGGGGGAAAAAAAGUGGGGAGUUAAUGUUGAAGAAACUUGUAUUUUUAUAUCUAUAUAAGUUUCUUCAAAAAAUAUUUCAUUUGCAUUUGAAAAAUAUAUAUAUAUAUAUUGAGGGAAUUGAAAAAACUAUUUUGUAUAAAGACCAAAACUAAUGCAGUGGAGCAUUUGCUUUUUAGUUCUGUUUUAAAAGUGACCCUCUGUGACCUUUUAGAAGAUGGGAGAGUCUGUGUCUCUUCAUCACUUCUCCCCUCUCGGUUCACACACCCGCACCCAGUUCUGCGACUCUUCUGAGACGAGCUGUGUCUGUUUGUGUUGGGCUGUCUGAUUGCCCGCACUGGGGAUGUUUGCCCCUGUGCUUGUUUAUCACAGUUGCAGUAAUUGCUGUAUGUGGUUUGCAUACACAGAAAUGCAGGGCAGCAGUUGUGUGUGUUCAUGCUUUCUUGUGUAGCUUUUAUGGGUUUUUUUGUAAAAAAAAAAAAAAAUGAAAAAAAAAAAUUCCAAGUGUUUAAUUCUGAAAAAAAAGCAUUUCAAACUUUUAUUAAAUAAAUGUUAAGUUUCA